AUGGCAAUGCCACAACUUUCCGGGCGCACGAAGAACGCGGCGAAGAGAUCAAAGAAGUAUUUGGAGGAAGCUCUAUACGUCAAGCUUUUCAAACAAGGCAUCGAGGAGUUAUCAAAAGCUAUGUCAAGGAGAGGUAUGAACACGACAGUCAGUGAUCAAGCUAUCCAUCUUGAUCUACUCGCCAAAGCUUGUGGUAUUCGUGUUGCAGAAGAUUACUUCAUUAAUCUUCCUAAAACAUCGAAGAGCCACUUGACGUAUGAGGCUCUUCUCAAUUGCUAUUGCAAAGCCUUGAUGGCUGAAGAAGCAGAAGCUUUUCUUGAAAAGAUGAAGGAGCUCAAUUUCGGGUUAACUUCCAUGUCUUACAACAGUAUCAUGACUCUUUAUGAGAAGACCAAACAACAUGAGAAGAUUCCAUCUAUAAUACAGGAAAUGAAGGCUGACAGUGUGAUGCCUGAUUGUUUUACGUACAAUAUCUGGAUGAGGGCUAUGGUUGCUGCCCAUGAUUUAUCUGGUGUUGAGAGAGUUAUUGAUGAAAUGAAGAGGGACGGUUGAAUUGCUGCAGAUUGGUCUACUUAUAGCAACUUAUCCUCCAUUUAUGUUGAUGGGUUGUUUGACAAGGCAGAAAAGGCACUGAAAGAAUUAGGGAAGCUAAAAGACACCAAAAAUCUCGCUCCUUUCCAGUUCCUGAUAACACUAUAUGGAAAGACAGGGAACUUGCCUGAAGUUUAUCGAGUCUGGCAUUCCUUGAGGGUGGCAUUUCCUAAAGCAGCUUAUAUAAGCUAUCUGAAUAUUAUUCAAGUGCUGGUUAACUUGAAAGAUUUGCCAGGUGCAGAAAAAUGUUUUAGGGAAUGGGAAGUUGGAUGCUCAACUUAUGAUAUUAGGGUAGCAAAUGUUCUCAUAAGAGCUUAUAUUAAUGAGGGUCAGCUAGAGAGGGCAGAAGAAUUGAAGAACAGGGCCAAAAGAAGAGGUAGCGAACCUAAUGCUAAGACAUGGGAAAUAUUUUCAGAUUAUCAUAUGAGAAAUGGAGACAUCAAGUUGACGGUUGAAUGUUUAGCCAAUGCAAUUAGUUGUUGGUAAAGGAGACGGUCAGAAAUGGGUCCCCUCUAAUGAGGUUGUGAGAUCUUUGAUGGCACAUUUUGAGCAAGAAAGAGAUGUUGAUGGUGCUGAAGCUUUUACCGAUACUAUCAAGAAGGCUGUGGAGAGUUUAGGAGCAAAUGUGUUGGAGUUGUUGAUAAGAACUUAUGCAGCUGCUGGAAGGACGACCAACAUGAUGCGCCGUCGAUUAAAGAUGGAGAAUGUAGAGGUGAGCGAGGUGUGUCAGAAGUUGCUUGACACGAUCAGUAUUGAGUGAGACUGCACUUCGCUCUUCUCAGUUUUUCCCAUUCACUUCGGUAGCUGAUCGUUUGCGGUUAAAGGCGACAUUGGGGAUUCUAAAUUUUCAGAUUUUCUCAAAUAAUGAGUACACAAG